AUGUCCAACGAAAUCCCCCUCAUUGAUUUCUCUGAUUUCUACUCGCCUGACCCAGCAGUCAAGGCCGGCGUGGUUGACCAGAUCCGCCAGAGUUGCUUGUACAAUGGUUUUUUCCAGAUUAAGAACCAUUCUGUCCCACUGGAGCAACAGAGCGCUGCCAUGAAAAGUGCCAAGAGGUUCUUCUCCCUAGAUCUGGAGGAGAAGCAAAAAGUCUCCAAGAAUAACAAUACUUGGAACCGCGGGUACGAGAUGCUCCGAUCACAGAUCUUGGAGGAAGGCACCCAGCCCGAGCUGAAGGAAGGCUUUUACAUUGGCGAUGACAUCUCUGCCGAUCACCCCUACUUCUUGGAGAAGAAACUCAACAGCGGGCCAAACCAGUGGCCGGAGCCUCUGGGGCACACAUUCCAGGAAACGACCAUGACCUACUACAAGUCAACCGUUGGCUUGGCCGCUGAUCUUCUGAAGGCCCUGGCGCUGUCCCUAGGCCUUGAAGAGGACUACUUCUCUGAGUUCAUGAACGGUGCUGUAGCGACGAUGCGGCUGCUCCACUAUCCGAGUCAACCAGCCGACGCGGACGAGAAGUUGUCGCGAGGAAUCGGUGCUCACACUGACUUCGGGGCGAUCACUCUACUCUUGCAGGACGAGGUCGAUGGUCUGCAGGUCUGGGAUAAGCGUUCGGAAACAUGGAUCGAUGUCGAGCCCACCAAAGGUGCUUUGGUCAUAAACCUGGGCAAUCUCAUGUCUCGGUGGACAAAUGAGAAGUACAAGAGCAACGUCCACCGAGUCAUCAACAAGUCAGGAAAAGAGCGUUACUCUAUCCCCUUGUUUGUGUCGGGUAACCCCGACUACCUCGUCGAGUGCAUCCCGACAUGUAAACUUGCGGAUGAACCGGCGAAAUUCCCCCCAGUUACGGUUCAGGAGGCCGUAUCCGCAGCCUACGCUGAGUCUUAUGGGAGAGCACAGCUUUUCAAGCAGGGCUUGGAGAAAGUGGUUGCGAGCACUACGGCAGCGGCAUCGUCUCCCGCGGCUGGCACGCCAAUUGCUGCUGCUUAA